AUGAUAACCAAUAUUGCUUGUGGCCAUGAUAGAUCGGCUAAAAUUUGCCAAAUUCAACAAAAAUUAAAAUUCUUUAUAUUGGCAUGCGUUUUUGUGGUAGCCACUUGCAGUGAACAAUCACCAAACUCGGAAUAUUUACCACCGAACCAGGAUUUUGGUGCCAUCGCUGCACCAUCAAAUGAAUAUCUUGCACCAGCUGUGGAGGAGCAAACAGCCUUCGGUAGCGAUGGUUACCGUUAUAGAGCCGUACAUCGUCUUAGACAUCGUCACCGCCGUGAUGUAAGUGAAUUACCCAGUGCCGAAUAUUUGCCACCAAAUGAGGAUUUCGGCGAUCAAAGCUUUGCCGCACCAUCCAACGAAUAUUUGGCACCUGCUGCUGAUGAACAAUUUGGUACUGAAUUAGCUGAUGAUGGUUAUCACUACAAAGUAGUACGUCGUUUCCGUCAUCGCAGUCGUCGUGAUGUCAGCGAAUUACCCAGUGCCGAAUAUUUGCCACCAAAUCAAGGCGUCGCUGCCCCUUCCAAUGAAUACCUAGCACCAGCUGAAGAACAAACUGUUCUGGCUAAUGAUGGCUAUCGUUACAAGACUGUGCGAAAAUUCAGAACUCAUCGUAAAUAA